CGCCGCCGAAGCCGAAGCCGAAGCCGAAGCGGAGACCGGAGCCGCGAGCGCCACCAGGGCAGCAGCCGCCGCAGCCGCCGCCGCUGGGCUGAGGAGUCGGAGCCGCGGGCGGACGAGGUGGCGGCGGCGGCGGAGCGGGCGCGGGCGGCGGGCGCGGGCAGAGCGCGGCGGCGCGGGCGUUGACCCCAGGGCCACUGAGCUACUUCCCUCAUCCAGAAAGCGCCUCGAAGACUUCCAGCCGACCUGUACUUCAGAGUACUGUGGAUUUUUUUUUGCGAAUUGGUGUGUUCCAGAGAACAAGUCUUCACACAUCUUUCUGUAUUGACUCUGAGCUGUCAGGGACUCAGGCUUAUGAGGAGGUACUGUGACACAAAACAGUGUCUAGCCAAGACGACAAGAAAGAGGGGAAAGGAUCGGAAAAAGAAGCUAAAAUACUAUAGAGAACCAUGAGAUCUAUUCGCUCUUUUGCCAAUGAUGAUCGCCAUGUAAUGGUGAAACAUUCAACGAUCUAUCCGUCUCCAGAGGAACUUGAAGCUGUCCAGAAUAUGGUGUCUACUGUUGAAUGUGCUCUUAAACAUGUUUCAGAUUGGUUGGAUGAAACAAAUAAAAGCACGAAAGCAGAGGGUGAGGCAGAAGUGAAGAAGGAGGAAACUGCAGACACCUAUUCCAAGGAUCAAAGUGGCCGGACAUUGUGUGGUGUAAUGAGGAUUGGCCUGGUUGCCAAAGGCUUGCUGAUAAAAGAUGACAUGGACUUGGAGCUGGUUUUAAUGUGCAAAGACAAACCCACAGAGACCCUGUUAAAUACGGUCAAGGAAAACCUUCCUGUACAGAUUCAGAAACUCACAGAGGAGAAAUACCAAGUGGAACAAUGUGUAGAUGAAGCAUCUAUUAUAAUUCGAAAUACAAAAGAGCCCACGUUAACUUUGAAGGUGAUACUUACUUCCCCUCUAAUUAGGGAUGAAUUGGAAAAGAAGGAUGGAGAAAAGGUUGCGGUGAAAGAUCCUCCGGACUUACUGGACAGGCAGAAAUGCCUGAAUGCCUUGGCGUCUCUGCGGCAUGCCAAAUGGUUUCAGGCAAGGGCAAAUGGAUUGAAAUCGUGUGUAAUUGUCCUCCGUAUUCUGCGUGAUUUGUGCAACAGAGUCCCCACAUGGGCACCGUUGAAAGGAUGGCCACUAGAGCUUAUAUGUGAAAAGUCUAUAGGUACUUGUAAUAGACCUUUGGGCGCUGGGGAGGCCUUGAGACGAGUAAUGGAGUGUUUGGCAUCUGGAAUACUACUUCCUGGGGGCCCUGGCCUUCAUGAUCCUUGUGAGCGAGACCCAACAGAUGCGCUGAGCUACAUGACUGUCCAGCAGAAAGAAGAUAUUACCCACAGUGCACAGCAUGCACUCAGACUAUCUGCAUUUGGCCAGAUUUAUAAAGUGCUGGAGAUGGACCCCCUUCCAUCUAGUAAGCCUUUUCAGAAAUAUUCUUGGUCAGUCACUGAUAAAGAAGGUCCUGGGUCUUCAGCUCUGAAGAGACCAUUUGAAGAUGGAUUAGCAGAUGAUAAAGAUCCCAAUAAAAAGAUGAAACGAAAUUUAAGGAAAAUUCUGGAUAGUAAAGCAAUAGACCUUAUGAAUGCACUAAUGCGACUAAAUCAGAUCAGACCUGGGCUUCAGUAUAAACUCUUAUCCCAGUCCGGCCCUGUCCAUGCCCCAGUCUUCACUAUGUCUGUGGAUGUGGAUGGUACAACAUAUGAAGCCUCAGGACCAUCCAAGAAAACAGCAAAACUUCAUGUAGCAGUGAAGGUAUUGCAGGCCAUGGGAUAUCCAACGGGCUUUGAUGCAGAUAUUGAAUGUAUGAGUUCUGAUGAAAAAUCAGAUAAUGAAGGCAAAAAUGAAACAGUGUCUUCAAAUUCAAGCAAUAAUACUGGAAAUUCUACAACUGAAACCUCCAGUACCUUAGAGGUAAGAACUCAGGGUCCUAUCCUCACAGCAAGUGGCAAAAACCCUGUAAUGGAACUUAAUGAGAAAAGAAGAGGUCUUAAAUAUGAACUCAUCUCAGAGACGGGUGGGAGCCAUGACAAGCGCUUUGUGAUGGAGGUAGAAGUAGACGGACAGAAAUUUAGAGGUGCAGGUCCAAAUAAGAAAGUGGCAAAGGCAAGUGCAGCUUUAGCUGCUCUGGAGAAGCUGUUUUCUGGACCCAAUGCAGCAAAUAAUAAGAAAAAGAAGAUUAUCCCUCAGGCCAAAGGUGUGGUGAAUACAGCCGUGUCGGCGGCAGCCCAGGCUGUGCGGGGCAGAGGGAGAGGAGCGCUGACGCGGGGUGCUUUCGUCGGGGCCACGGCCGCGCCUGGCUAUAUUGCUCCAGGCUAUGGAACACCAUAUGGUUACAGCACAGCAGCCCCUGCCUAUGGUGGUUUUUUCAUUGACAGUCCCUAUUGCCAGCCUCUGAGCGUCGCACCAUUUAUUAUUCACUUGGGCCCUCAAGAUUUCUUCUCUGACUUCUAGAACCAUCAGGUUGUCUGGCUUGAAAUGGCAAUUUCUCUGUUCUGAUCUUAAAAGCAAUGUGAUCCCCUGCGGCUUUCCAGCUUUCAGAUACACUACCCUGACACAUUCUUUUGGAAAGCGAUGACUGAGCAUUUUAAAGAAGAGCAAUACUUUAUUCAGAGCCACGGUGUCUGUUUUAAAACUUUUCCUUUUGAAACCUAGCAAUAUCUCAAGUUCAGCCCUCUGCUCUAGUCUCUUGUCAGGGAGUUUACAGACCAACGUAGAACUUAGAACUAGCGCGUGAGCUGUGCUGUCUUCUGACCGUUUUUAAACAUUUUUUUAGCACAUAAACCCAACUGUUGCACUCCUACCUGUGUCAGUUAGUGCUUUUAUAAUUUCCCAGAGAUAGGGGUCCUCCUCCAAGCCAUACUCUUUGCAUGGGGGCUGGUGCCCAACCAGGGAUGUGCCCUGCACCCUGUGUCUUCAGGCUGCAGGAGCGGCCAUCUCCCGUGCAAGGGGAUUGGUCCAAUGAAUCCCCAACAUACCUCAUGCUGGCUCGAUGCAGUGCGUGGUGCAGUGAGGUGAGGAGUCCUAGCGCUGUCUGUUGUCUCUCUCAUUGUUAACCUGGGCAACAAUCCCUGGAUAGGUUCUGCUGCUAUUAUUAUUAGCCUUUUCUUCUUUAGACAAAUUAAUUUUUUUUCCCUUGGAUGAAUGUUUGAAAAUCAUGAAUCAGUCACCAUUAUUAAUUGAAGAGCUGGGAAUACCUCGUUAAUGUAUUUUUAAAACUGGUGUUGGACCCUCUGUGUAUUUCAGGUUAAUACUUUUAAGCAGUUUUCAGCACGUUUAUCUCACUUUAUUCUCGUUCUCCUCGGACCUUCGUAGCCAUAUCACUUGUAUAAAAUAGGCCGAGAUAUAGUGACUGUAAGCUGUGGUCUCAGUAUACAAAGGUAAGCUCUUUUAUUUUCUGAUUAAAGAGAAAAUGAAUUAAAAAAAUCAAUGAACACAACAUGCAUAUAUGACAAUCAUAUAUGAUGUAUUUGAUCGCCUAGGUCUUAUGUCAUCACACUAACUUAAAGAUUUUUAUGAUCUAAAUGUAAACUAGUUAUUUGCAGCAUUUGUUUGAAUCCCUUGUAAUUUA